AUGGCGAUGGUUAGCAUAACACUGGGGGAGGUCGCUUCUGGACUCGACGACGACCUGACUGGGGCGAGAAGACGGAAGCCCAGUAUUGACUGGGUUUGGAGCAUCCAAAGGCCCAAUUAA